ACACAGAUGAUGUCUGAACCCAUUCCUCCCCUGACUCCAUCUCUCACUGCAUCACUCCUUUCUAAAACCAUCGUGAGAGAGAUGGAGGGUGACAGAGGAGAGCAGUUUAAGGUGCGAGUGCUGUUUCAUAUGAGGGGUGAUGUUAACAGAGGAACCUGUGUUACUCUCCAUGCUUUCAAACAGACAGAAGAACAGAAAGCUUCCUGCUUCACUCAGCCACCUUUUGGGUUGUGUGUGGUCACUCUGACACUUUCAAACGACUGGUUUGAGCCUAUUCAGAACAUCAAGGCAAACCUGGACCAGAUUUUCAAGCAACGUCACCUGAGCAGAAACCGCUCUCGUUCUCGUAACCGUGAGAGAAGGCACCCGUAUAUGCCACGAGGACCCAGGGGCCAGUCUGAUCAAAUUCAGCUCUACUACUCUUCCUUUGGCAUUGUGUCCAAUCCUAAAGCCGGACCCCCUCGAUGUGUGGAGGAAGUAUUGCAGCAGUCUGAGAGGAAGUUGCACUACAUUGGUCCUGUGGGACUCGAAGAUCAACAGAUCAACAAGACCGAGCAGAGCUCUAAAUGUUUAGACAAACAAGUGGAAGAAAAACUUUGGUUGGAUUCCAAUGUGCUAAUUGUCUACAGCAAAGGGCCUGUACGAGCUGGACAACCAGUCAGAGUGUCAGUAAACCUGAGGGCAAAUUUUAGUGUGGAGUCUCUGACCAUUAGACUGAAAGUGAAAAAAGGGUUGUUGUCUCUGGAGGUCCAUUCAGUCACAAACUCUGACCUGUGGAUGGUUAAUGUAGAAAAGACAACGGGAUCAAAACAUGACGUUAUUUCCAUCAUUAGCCACAGCACUGGUACCCAUCCAGACAACACUGGCACUUCUGCUCUAAGCCAGGUAUCCUGUCUCUCAUUUGAGGCUUUACACAGAAACUUUGGCGUAGCGAUGACUGUCACUGCUAGCUGGUGGGUGGAGUACUCAACUCGCAAGUUUGCAGUAUCACCACAUGGGCCAGCGACAAGCUUUUUCUCCUUUACUGACAGAGAAGUGGUGGGCAUUGCCCCCAUCACAGAGAGCAACACAAUAAUCAACACAGCCAUCUUGACGAGCCAGCCUGUGUCACUUCCUGUCAUUGUCCUAGCAGUGGGCCUUGAUGGCAAAGUAUCAGAUGUUACCAAAGCGGUGAAGUGUCAUUCAGCCAAUGAAGAUAUUGUCAAGGUGUCUCAUGAUUGCUCUGUGCUUUUUGUGGAUGGGAGUGAAUCAGGAAGGGGCAGGAUCUGUGUGGAGCUGGAGUUUUUUUUGGGAAUGCACAGUGGCUCUUUGUGCUUGGCUGUGUGGGCUCCAAUAGUUCCACUGCGUGUGUCUCUCUCUGACUCUGUCCUGAGUCCCAUCAAAGGCUGGAGCUACUACAGUGAGAGCGGGUGUGAACCAGUUUAUCAGAGGUCCACUAUACAGAUUUUGGCACAAUUCAGUGCCCAAUCAGCAGCUCAAGGUCAACCAACCUACAUGCUCGGAUCACCUGAUUGGUUUGUGGAUGUGACUGAACUUGUCCGAGAUUGGCUGAGGAUAGAAAACCCGUAUAUUGCUGCUCUUGAUAAACAAAAACAUCUAAUUGGCUUGAAGCCUGGAAUUACAUCAUUAUAUGUGAUAUCAAGUCAGUGGGAUGGAGUGCUUGGAAGUGCUAAUGUCAUUGUAACCUCUGAACCUGUCACUCCUGGUGACCUCUCAGUUCAGUUGGUGGGAGGGCUUGGCCUGUCCAUUAAUUCCAGCCCAUCUCAUCCAUCUAUUGUCACAGCAACAGUGAAUGCUCACAACACACUGUACAACCACGGGCAAGAAGCAUCCAUCAGUGUUUGGAUCCAGUUUGAUGAUGACACCACCAUACCUGUCUAUGCCUUUAGUGGGAUUCCCUAUAUUCUCCGGAUCUCCUCUUUGGCUGAGUCUGUGGUUGCUGUGACACCUGCUCCAUCCCAGCGCAUUUUAGCACAAGGUGAUGGCGGAGGGCCUCUUGUGAAUGCCGAACUUCUGGUUUCCACUUGUGAACCAACAUUUAACCACGUUGAACCGGAAGUAAUCCAAACAGGAAGUGAAGCAAAAAGAUUGUCUAAAGGCUCUGGCUGGAUAAGGGUAAACUUGAACAUGGACUUUUGGCCAAUGCGAAGUGAGGAAACCAACUUUGAGAUGCAUGAUGUGGCUAAUAUGUUUGUUGACUCCAACAAGGAUCUGUAUGAUAACUUAGAAGAUCAGCAAAAUACGAUAAAUUCCACAAGUGUCUAUGAUGUUGAUAAUGACUUGUUCAGAAGAAAUGACUUGGAGCAGGCGGUUUUGAUUCCCACCCAUAAAGAGAGUGCCGUGUAUUUAUCUCCUGGGGUGGAAAAAGAGAGGAAAGAGGUUAAAACUGCUGAUAGACAAGUAGAGAUUGGCAUUGGAGCUGUCCUUUCUCUUCUCUGUCUCUCUUCUCUCCUUUUCCUGGUCAACUGCCUGCCAUGUGCACUGAGAGAACAGAGGCACAGAGAAAGUCGAGAGGGAAAUGUAAAAGACACUGUGGAGGAAGACGAGGAAACUGGAGAAGAGCAAGAACAGAAGGUAGAGGGAAAACAGUGUGAAGUGGUAACGGGAUAG